CUUUAAAGCAACUUCACGGGUUGAUUGUAUAAAAACCAAGUGUACAUGAAGGUAGCAGGACUUAGCCCCGCCCCUUUUGGAGAACAGUGGAGCAAUUGGCGCUAGAGCGAGCCGACCGAAGUUGUUCCAGCUAUGUAGCGUCGCAUCCCGCUGGAUGAAUCCACAGAACGGAGACGUCACUCGCAAAUAUUUCAUACGCGAACUGUAAGAAUCUAUAGAACUGUGUUAUUUAAUAAGUGAUCGGUACAGGCGUUUUAAACUUUACACUAAAGAAAGCGUAAUUUUGGCCAAACGAUGGGAUUUUUGUUCGAAAGUCGGCAGUGAACUACUGGUUUAUUGGUGCGUUCAAGUGGACGAAGUGGAUACUGAGGAGGAACUGGUGAAACCACCUCUACUGGGAGUUUAGGGACAUUUCCACAGACGGGGGAGUUAUCUGCACCUUGCAAGGUGAUAUCCAGAAGGAUGUGUUGUUAACUGAAGCUGUCAGGUCAAGAGGUCACAUACCUCUGUAAAGGAACUGUAAAAAAAACAAAUGGUCUAAAGCCAUGCCUCCUGGGACAAGGCUUCAUCCCUCAGUGGUAAUGAUCCAAACACGAAUCUGUCUCGUGCUUAUAGCUGGUGGCUGGCCCUUCAGCUUAUCCCUCAGUGCUGUUGUCCAAGCAUCGCAGCCAUCCCUGGCUAACUUUCCCACCUUUAUAAGGAAUGAUACAGUAUUUGAGCACCUUGCCCUCCAUCCGGAUCCCAGUGUGGGUUGGGUCUAUAUUGGUGCCCAAGAUCUUUUGUUCCAGUUAAACCAGUUCCUCCUUCCUAACCUUCAGGAGGAGACUGGACCUGUCACAGACAGCCAGGACUGCUUGCCCCCUGUAACAGAGAGCAACUGCCCUCAAGCGAAGAAGACUAACAACCACAAUAAGCUUCUUCUCAUUAACCUGGACUCUGAGGAGCUCAUCACCUGUGGGAGUGUCAACCAAGGAAUUUGCCAGAAGCGUGACCUGAAUUUGAUUAACAAAAUACUUUUCUCCACUGAAAGGCCGGUGGACACCCAGUAUGUGGCAGCUAACCACCCUAAUGUUAGCACGGUUGGGAUUGUGGUUCAUUCUCAUCUUGACAGACAGCCGGUUCUAUUUGUUGGACGUGGUUAUACAAACAGCCAUCCACCUAUUUCCACGCGAAACCUUGCUGAGGAACCCAUCUUCUCCUAUGAGGAGACCGCAAAACUGGCUGUUGCUGGCCGACUGUCAGAAUACGACCAUCAUUUUGUUGCUGCGUUUGCUCACAGUCACCAUGUGUACUUCCUUUUCUACAGACGGGACCUGAAGUCGCAGUCCCGAGAGUACCGUACCUAUAUCUCACGUAUAUGUUUAGGUGACCAAGCCUAUUACUCAUAUGUGGAAGUGCCUUUGACCUGUCGUUCCAGGACAGGUAAAAUUUACAACCUUUUGCAAGCUGUCCAGCUUGGGUCCUCCACGGAUGGUACUGGGAGUCUCAGUUCAGACAUAUUUCUUGGAGUCUUCUCCACAAAUGUGGCUUCAUCAGCUGCUCCCAGUGAGGACUCGGCUCUCUGCAUGUUUAACUUAAAAGAUGUGGACCACAGAAUUAACUCCACCAGAGACCUGUGCUACACACAAAUGGGGAGAGAAGCAGGAGUCGAGGCAGCGUAUAUUGAAUAUGAAGUGAAGUCUAACUGUGCCAACCUUCCACAGAACACUCUGGAUGCCUACUCAUGUGGCUCUGACCACACUCCCAGUCCGAUGGCCAGUCGAGUUGCUGUGGAAGUAGAGACGAUACUGGAUAGUCCAUCGGCCCGCCUUACUGCUGUGGCUGUCAGCAUGAAGGUGGGACAUACCAUUGCCUUUCUGGGAGACUCCAAAGGAAAUCUGCAUAAGGUGUUCUUGGGGCCAAAUGGUGAAGUGGAGGAGUACUCUGUGGUCUCCAUCCAGCAGAACACAGCCAUCAACUCUGAUCUCAUUCUGGACCAGAACGAAGAGCAUAUCUUCAUAAUGACACGUAACAUGCUACAGAAGAGGCCUGUGGCCGAAUGCCAGCAACAACUUGAUUGCCAUUCCUGUCUGAUGGCCCAUGAUCCUUACUGUGGCUGGUGUGUCCUAGAGGGAAGGUGUGUGUUGAAAUCUCAUUGUAGUCGUGCAAACCAGCCAGGUCAAUGGCUGUGGAGCUUCAACAUGGAGCAGCAGUGUUUGGUCGUGCAAGACCUGAACCCCUCCAACAUCAGCAGGGAGGAGAGCAGAAUGGUGUUUCUGUCCAUUCCAGGACUUCCAGCACUGGAACGGUCCUACUCUUGCUUCUUCCAAGACAUCUUCAGUCCUGCUACCAUCACUGAAAGUGGGCUCACCUGCCAGUCUCCCGACUCCAGCAGAAUACCCAUGGUGAAUCAUGGACAGGAUUUUGUUACCGUCACCUUGUCUGUCCGUUUUGGCAAUGUCACCGUCACAGCAACGGAUUUCGUCUUCUAUGACUGCAUGGCUGUGAAACAGCUGUCUGGCAGCAUGCCCUGCCGGGGGUGUGUUCAGAGCAAAUGGGGCUGUAACUGGUGCGUUCACCAGCACUCGUGUACCCACAAGUCUUCUUGUGAGAAGGAAGUCAUCAUCUACAAUCAGCACUUUAAACUACCUACCUCAUCUCUUCCUACCAAAGCAUCACCAACAGCUGGUUCAAGAGCCCCCACCAGCAGAACCACAGCUCGGCUCAAAACUUCAGUCACGACUACAACCCCCCCCUCACACACUACUGCCAUCAGCCGUGAUCAAACUACUUCACAUCCCCACUCAUCCGCCCAUCACAGUGCCACCUACUGGUGCCUCCACCAAGGAGAUGCCGCUGAAGCAGCCAGUGUUGCUGCAUCGGUAGUAGAGAUGAUGCCUCCCCUAGAGGUGGUAACAGACUCAUCCCCCAGUGACAAACAAGAUGUCCAGACAGUUGACUUUACGCCCUUCUUGAAUCCAGACUUGACUCAAAUGCCAACAAUGGAAGACUCCAUGAGAACAGCCCAGAGCACCGAGCCUGCAGUGUUGCUGUGGUCACUUGAGGCAGACAGCCAAGCUGAAGGUGGUACACAAGUGGAAGAUGACAGAGCGACUUUCUCAGCUCCCACAGUGCUCUCAGGUGAUGGAGAAGUUGACCGCGAUGCCCUAUUUUACCCACAUGUGAUGGAUCGAGACUCAGAACUGGAUUACCAGUAUGAUCAGGCCGAGAGCUUUCUCCUGGGUGAUGAAGGUUACUACAUCAGUUGGGGGUCCUCAGCUUGUCCCUGUGUGGAGAAGGUUCAAGGUUCUUUGCUGCUGCCUGUCGAAGUGAAGAGGAAAAUCACUUUACUGGCUCGUAACCUCCACCUCUAUCAGAUGCAGCAAACACAAUCGGAGUCAGCGCUGGAAUACGAGUGUGUUCUUGUUGUGGAGGGACGGUUGGUGGUAGUGGAUGCAUAUGUGGAACCCGAUGAUCUGAAUCCAUCAAACUUCUACAUCACAUGUCAGCUUCACCAGUACACAUACUCAGCCCCUGUGGAGGAGUACAACGCCAUGGUGUAUGUGAAGAGGAGAAGCACCUUUCAUGUGGACAGUUCUCCUAAUCUCUACGUGACCUUGUACAACUGCUCUGUGGGCCGAUCUGACUGCAGCCGCUGCCACACAGCUGACCAGAAGUACAGCUGUGUGUGGUGUGGUGGUCUGCAGGCCAGCUGCUUGUACUCAGACUCCUGCAGGGAGCAGGUUCAGCAGACAUGCCCUGCCCCUGUCAUACACUCUAUUGAGCCCCUGUCUGGACUCCUGGCAGGAGGCACCUUGGUGACUAUUUCAGGCUCCAACCUGGGACAGAAGGUUGAAGACAUCCUCCACUCUGUGUCAGUAGCGGGGGUGUCCUGUAAUGUCCUCCCAGACCUGUAUGAGAUCUCCUCUAGAAUUGUGUGCAGGACCAAACCCAGUAAUGAGGAGAAGGAGGAGCCUGUUUCUGUGUCAGUGAGUGGAGGAGAGCUUGGCCUGUCCAGACAGAAAUUCAGCUACCUGAACCCGUUUUUAGUGGCAGUGGCUCCUGAAAGGGGUCCAAAGGCUGGAGGAACCACACUAAACAUCACAGGCAGAAACCUACGGACGGGUCGCCCUUCUGACCUCACCAUCACUGUGGGGGUGGUCCCCUGUAGAAUUGUGUCCGAGGUGCAGAGCUCCAGUGUUCAGUGUGUAACGGGCAGCAGUAACAGUACCGGGAUUCACCGGGUCAUUCUUCAUUUUGGCAGCGACAAGUACAGCAGUGAUUAUUUCUACAACUACACCCACAACCCUUACAUCAGCCAUGCCCUGCCAGACAAAAGCUUUGUGAAUGGUGGCCGACUGAUCUCUGUGUUUGGUCAUAACCUGGAUGUGGUGCAGAACCCACAGAUGGUGGUAAGUUUCCUCCCUCACAAGGCUGUGAGGAGGACACGCCAGAGGCUGACCAGGAUGGUACCUGACCCGGUCUGUUGUAGUGGAUCACUCUGUGCUGCCCAACAGUUCAAGGAACGUUGUGAGGUGAAUUCCUCCUCGCUGGUGCUCUGUCGCUCUCCGAUGGUGAACUCUUCUCUUUUGGGGUCAAAAGUCACAGUGCAGGUUGUACUUGACAACCUUUGCUUUGACUUCAGCAGCUUUAGCUCUCAGACAUUCAGCUAUGAGCCUAAUCCCGUCCUACAGCCCCUCAACAAGAAGGAGCCCCUGAAGGUCUAUCACUACAACCCUGGCAGCUUCAUCCAGUUGGAGGGAGACAACCUGGACCUGGCCAUCACAAAGGAGGAGGUGGUGGUGUUGAUAGGGGAGGGGGUGUGUGCUGUAAAGACCCUGACCAGGAACCAUCUGUACUGUGAGCCUCCUCCUCAGCAGCCUCUUCCAGGGCCAACGUGCAGGAAGUGUGAGGGCUUCGACUAUCUUCCUGAGUUCAUAGUACAAAUGGGCAACCUGAACUUUUCUCUGGGGAAAGUUCAGUAUGACGACCUCAGCCUGUCUGUCUUUCCUCUGGAGGCUCAGAUUGGAGUCGGGGUUGGGGCUUCUCUAGUUGUUCUGCUCGUCCUUAUCGUUGUGCUCAUCUACAGGAGGAAGAGUAAACAGGCUCUCAAAGACUACAAGAAGGUCCAGAUCCAACUGGAGAACCUAGAAACAAACGUGAGAGACCGCUGCAAGAAAGAAUUCACAGACCUGAUGACAGAAAUGAUGGAUAUGUCCAGUGACCUGGUGGGCUCAGGCAUCCCCUUCCUCGACUACAGGAUGUACGCGGAGCGUAUUUUCUUUCCUGGCCACCGGGAGUCUCCACUUAGGCGAGAUCUAGAUGUUCAGGAAUGUCGGCGUCAGACCGUGGAACAGGGCCUAGUGCAGCUGUCCAACUUACUGAACAGUAAACUCUUCCUUACAAAGUUCAUUCACACUUUGGAGAGCCAGCGGACGUUCUCACCCAGAGAUCGAGCCUACGUGGCCUCCCUGCUGACAGUGGCGCUUCAUGGUAAACUGGAGUAUUUCACAGACAUCCUCAAGACUCUGCUGAAUGACCUGGUUGAGCAGUAUGUGGCCAAGAACCCCAAACUGAUGCUGCGGAGAACAGAAACUGUGGUGGAGAAGCUGCUGACCAACUGGAUGUCCAUCUGCCUUUAUGCUUUUCUACGGGACUCAGCUGGCGAGUCUCUAUACAUGUUGUUCAGGGCCAUUAAACACCAGGUUGACAAAGGACCGGUAGAUGCUGUAACAGGGAAGGCCAAAUACACUCUCAAUGACAACCGUCUGCUGCGAGAGGAUGUGGAGUACAAGACCCUGACGUUGAAUGUGUUGGUGCAGAGUGGAGGAGUGAACGAGACUCAGCUGCUGCCCAUCAAAGUAUUGGACUGUGAUACCAUCACUCAGGUGAAAGAAAAACUCUUGGAUCAGGUGUACAAAGGCACCUCUUUCUCUCACCGGCCCCAUGGUAACUCACUGGAUUUAGAGUGGAGGUCUGGAGUUGCUGGUCACCUCAUCCUGUCAGAUGAGGAUUUGACGUCUGUCCUUCAAGGGAACUGGAAACGCCUCAACACGCUGCAGCAUUACAAGGUCCCAGAUGGUGCAACAGUUGCUCUGGUUCCUCGUCAUACCAAGAACAUUCAUUACGACAGCCAUGAUUUUUUGCCUGGAGAAAAGACUCCAAUGCUGGAGGAUGCAGAUGAAGGUGGAGUGAAGCUGUGGCAUCUGGUGAAGGCCAGCGAGGAGCCCGAGCUGCCCAAACAUCGUAGAGGCAGCCUGAGGGAAAGGGAGCGGGCCAAGGCAAUUCCUGAGAUCUACCUCACCCGCCUGCUGUCUAUGAAGGGGACACUACAGAAGUUUGUAGAUGAUUUGUUCACCGUAAUCCUCAGCACGAGCCGUCCUGUUCCCCUAUCUGUUAAAUAUUUCUUUGAUCUGCUGGACGACCAAGCAGGACAACACUGCAUCACUGACUCUGAGACCAUCCACAUCUGGAAGACCAACAGCCUCCCUCUACGUUUUUGGAUCAACAUCCUCAAGAACCCUCAGUUUAUUUUUGAUGUCCAGGUGUCAGAUCACGUAGAUGCUGUCCUGUCUGUCAUCACCCAGACCUUUAUGGACUCCUGCACCACUGCAGAGCACAAGCUUGGGCGGGAUUCUCCCAUCAACAAGCUGCUGUAUGCCAGAGACAUUCCUCGCUACAAACAGAUGGUGGAAAGAUACUACGCUGACAUCAGACAGACGAUAUCAGCCAGUGACCAGGAGAUGAACUCAGCCCUGGCUGAACUGUCCAGGAACUACUCUGGAGAACUGAACUACCUGGUUGCACUGCAUGAGCUGUACAAGUACAUCAACAAAUACUAUGACCAGAUCAUCACGGCACUGGAGGAGGACACCACGGCCCAAAAGAUGCAGCUUGGUUACCGACUGCAGCAGAUAGCUGCUGCUGUGGAGAAUAAAGUCACAGACUUGUGACACUGAAGCCGUCUGCCUGUUCUACUGUCAGGACUGUUAUAGCAUAGCAACAGGAAACAGGAGCUGUAGGACUUUGGGUCUGGUGUAGAGGUAGAGGGUUGCUGGUACUGAAACAACACAGAAAGGAGCAUCAUCACUGCUGGUAAAGAAAGCUGAUCAUUUUAGUCACUAUUUUAUAUUUUCUGAAGCAAAACUUUCUCCACCUUGAGCACGUUAUGCUGUUGCUUCCUGUCUCAACUGUACAAACACGUUAUUAACAGCUACUUGUUUUCUUAUUAUUUUUACAUUUGUUGAUUUUGACUGGUUUCUUCAUCUGAAGGUCAAUACGCUCUUUCUGACACUGAUGCAGUACUUAAUAUUCCAUUAACAAUUCUACUAGGUCAGUAGGUAUAUUUAAUAUUAUAUUUCCAAUGUGUCAAAAGUGAGCAUACUGAUGGUUUUCCAAAAUGGCAGCUGCUUCACAGAGUUGAAGAAGAGUUUCAUUAUUAUUCUUACCGUAUUUUCCGGACUAUACACCGCUACUUUUUUCCCACGCUUUGAACCAUGCGGCUUAUAAUGAGGUACUGAAGAUUUUCCUUCACCUGCCACUAGGGGGCGCUUUAGCAGAAAGUGAAACGGGUGGAAGUCAAAAUUGGAAACCAAAGAAAGUGCUCAUUUUAAUUUAGCACAUGCAAGCAGCCGGCACGACGAAGAAUUUUUUUAAAAUCCAUACCCCCUCAUCAUGGUAACUACACGUAUGAGUUCAUAUGAUUUUUUUUUAUAUGUUAAAUAUUACCACAUCCACACGUUAAAUUAAAUUGUAAAAAAAAAAAUAAUAAUAAUAAAAAUCUAAUAUUUACUUGGGGGGUGCUAUGACUAAUCCAGGGGUAGCUAUAGCGCUCCCUAGUGCCCCCCCCCCCCCCCCACCCCCCCAACCCAGCGCCGCCACUGAUUGAGGUGCACUCUAUAGUCCAGAAAUUAUGGUAUAUUUAUAGGUAGAGCUGUUGUUUUAGUCAGAACAGAAAUAAUAAAAAGGCACCAAAAAGGUGAAAUAAUAUAUUAUGGGAGUUGCCAUAUUUGUCUUUAUAGUGUCAUUCCAGCCUGGGCUUUUCACACUACUCAACAUAAACACUCACAUGCACUGACUAUAGUCCUAUUUGAUGCUGUUCAGUUUAAAGUCAAGCUUAAUGAUAAAUUAUGAGAGAGAAUUAACUGUUAGGAUGUAUAUAUUUGAUCAUGUAGAGCAGGCUCUGCAAAGAGCAUCUUUUUUAAGUUUAUCUUUCUACUGAUGUCCACCCGUGACCCUGCGUGGACAAGCAGGUACAGAAGAUGGAUACUGAUGCACACACUGCAUUUUAAAUGCAAUUGUAGGGAUUAAACCUGUUUAAACAUGUUUGUUUUCAUUAAUAAAAAUAUUCCGAAAGUCA